AUCAGAACCUUAAAUUGGAGUUUCUGUUUGGAUUGGGUGAUCUCGGAAGUUGGAAUGAAUCAGAAUAUUCGGUAUUUUGAAGCGAAAAUGAGAUUAUAAACAAAGUCGUAAACGCAAAACUCGUCUCCCGUGUUUUCCCCGUCGUCCCGUGAAGGCAUCAUGGGAAAAGUUCCUGCUCCUGGACCAAUCCCGGAGCAAAUCCACGCAGCAACAGGGCGGGAUUCUCCAGCCACGACGACCCGAGAGGUUUUUUUUUUUCCUUCUUCCACGCCACUCGGUCACAUCAUGGCGUAGCGAUGCGGAGGAACCGACGGGAUCUGGACAAGUUCGGGAAAAAUCUGCCGCGUUCUGGCUUUGGAAUACCGCCUUUUCACGUCACAUCCAAGAAAGAAAUUCCCACUUUCUGCCUGAGAAAAGUUCGACUUGAGCGUGCCCAAAGAUGAUGUCCGAUGCCAGUGACAUGUUGGCGGCCGCGCUGGAGCAGAUGGACGGCAUUAUCGCGGGUUCCAAGGCUCUGGAUUACUCCAACGGGAUCUUUGACUGUCAGUCGCCCACCUCCCCGUUCAUGGGCAGCCUGCGCGCCCUGCACCUCCUGGAGGACCUGAGGAACGUCCUGGAGCUGAUGGAGGUGGAGGAGAGGGAGAGUCUGAGGUGCCAGAUCCCAGACUCCACGGCGGACAGUCUGGUGGAGUGGCUGCAGGGGCACAUGUCUAACGGACACAUCUCCCUGAGCGCAGGAGACCACUACCAGGAACGACUCGGCAGACUGGAGAGCGACAAGGAGUCUCUGGUGCUUCAGGUCAGUGUGUUGACGGACCAGGUGGAAGCUCAGGGGGAAAAAAUCCGAGACCUGGAUUUGUGUUUGGAGGAACAUCGAGAGAAACUCAACGCCACAGAAGAAAUGCUGCAGCAGGAGCUUUUGUGCAGAACGACUCUGGAGACUCAGAAGUUGGAGCUGAUCUCUGAAGUGUCGAACCUCAAACUCAAGUUAAACUCCAUCGAGAAGGAGCGGCUGGACUUCGACGAGAGGUUCAGGGACAGUGAGGAUUUGAUUCUUGAGAUCAACGAGCUGCGGUACAGAAUCACAGACCUGGAGAGUGAAAAGUUACAAUAUGAGAAGAAACUUAAGUCGAAUAAGGAGGAUCUGUCCGUUCUGAGGAGACAGUUGGAGGGCAGAGACGUGGAGAUGAGGAGGCUCCAGGACGAGACGGGCGUCCACACGGUGAACCCGGGCUCCAGAGAGCACACGGAGAAAGUUUUUCACCCCGACGAAACUCUUAAAAAGAGGCUGAAGGAAAAACAUGUGGAAGUGCAGAGGAUGAAAAAAGCAGUAGAAUCGUUGAUGGCAGCAAACGAAGAAAAGGAUCGUAAGAUUGAAGAACUGAAACAGUCUCUGCAGAGGUACAAGAAAGUGCAGGACAUGGUCAUGUCGGUACAAGGAAAGAAAGACAAAUCCAGGGACGGUGAGGGUUUGGCUGAUGGUUCUGUGGGUCCGUGCUCCUCUCAGCCUCCGGGUUUGGAACCAGAGCCACAAGAGUCUGAAGAACCAAAGAACCCAGAGCAGGAAAGUGUGAGCAGGACUGGAGUGGAGUCUUCUCCUUCUCCGAGUCCGUCUGAUAACGACCCGGUGUCUGAGUCCACGCCCACGGACGCAGACAGCGUCGUCCAAGAAACUACAAAAUGGAGCAGUCAGGAGCAGCUGGACAAGAUCAAUAAUGAAAAGAACACAAAUGGGGAGGUAAAUAAACUCUGUGAGAAACCUCCGCUGGGUCCCUCUGCCACUCUGCCCCCGUCAGGAGCCACGCCCGCCGCCGCCGCCGCCUCCGCUGACGACGACGCCUUCGGCUCCAGGAAGGCGCGCUCCUCUUUCGGGAAGGGCUUCUUCAAAAUCCGAGGAGGCAAAAAGACUUCAAGCACCCCGAACCUGGACCGCAGUCGGAGUGCCAGUGCGCCUCAGCUAGCUGAAACCGAGCGUCAAACCACAGAUCACCUGGACCUGGCGGGAAUGCCCCAGAGAUCCUCCAACAGCGACAGCACCCACACUCUGCCCACCAGCCCCGAGAGCCGCAAGAAGUCCAAAGGAAUCACCAAACUGUUCGGAAAGUUGAAGAGGAGCCGCUCCACCACGUUCAACCUGGACGAUAAUUUACCUGAAGGAGAAUUUAAACGUGGAGGAGUGAGAGCGACGGCCGGACCCCGACUGGGCUGGUCACGUGACCUGCAGAGAAGCAACAAUGAGGUGGACGCUCCGUUCGCUCGCUGGUCCAGAGAUCAGGUGUGUGAGUGGCUGCAGGAGCAGGGUCUGGGUCUCUACGUCAACAUGGCUCGAGUGUGGAUCUCCUCUGGACAGACGCUGCUCCAGGCCUCGCAGCAGGACCUCGAGAGGGAGCUCGGGAUCAAACAUCCUCUGCACAGGAAGAAGCUGCAGCUCGCUCUCCAGGCUCUGGGCUCUGAGGAGGAGGACAACAAAGGCAAACUGGACUACAACUGGGUCACACGGUGGUUGGACGACAUCGGUCUGCCUCAGUACAAGACUCAGUUUGACGAGGCUCGAGUGGACGGACGGAUGCUGCACUACAUGACUGUGGACGACCUGCUGUCACUCAAAGUCGGGAGCGUUCUUCAUCACCUCAGCAUCAAACGAGCCAUCCAGGUUCUCCGCCUCAACAACUACGAGCCAAACUGUUUACGGCGCCGACCGUCGGAUGAGAAUAACGCGACUCCAGCAGAGAUUUCCCAGUGGACGAACCACAGAGUGAUGGAGUGGCUGCGCUCGGUCGACCUGGCAGAAUACGCCCCGAACCUGAGAGGCAGCGGCGUGCACGGGGGGCUCAUGGUGUUGGAGCCUCGGUUCAACGUGGAGACGAUGGCUCUGCUCCUGAACAUCCCCCCGAAUAAAACUCUGCUGCGCCGUCACCUCGCCACACACUUCACUCUGCUCAUCGGCUCUGAGGCCCAGCAGCUCAAACAGGAGUGUCUGGAAAACCCGGACUACACCUUACUCACGGCCACCACCAAAGUCAAGCCGAGGAAGCUUUCGUUCGGGACCUUCGGCAGCCUGAGGAAGAGGAGGCACGAGGAGAGCGAAGAGUACGUUUGUCCGAUGGACGUGGAGAUGCCGAAGGGGCGGAGCUUCCAGAAAGGAUUUGAACUGCAGAUCUACGAAGACGAUCUGGACCGACUAGAACAGAUGGACGACUCAGAAGGUACUGUGAGACAGAUCGGAGCGUUCUCUGAAGGAAUCCAGAACCUCACUAGCAUGUUAAAAGACGACGAAUUCUUCAAAGAGAUUUCAAACUCUCCGAACCCGAGCGUGACGGACGAAGAGUCGAACGCGUGAGACCCGCAAACCCGUCGCCGCGGCAACCACACGAAAAUAUUCCGCAUCUUAGUAUUACAGUCGAAUGAGCCAAAGCGUUUGUUUGUUUGUUUGUUUUAUAUCUGUUUUUAUCUU